AUGGCGAAGCUGAUGCAGGAGUUGAAGAGUCCGUCAAGGACACCAGAGGUUGAGUCUACAGAAACAUCAUCUGACAGCCCGUCUCGGGAUAGUCGAGAGGCAGUUGGGUAUGAGCGUGGAUUUGAGAGAGACCUCGACGUAACUCAAGAUGAUUUGCUUGAAGCAAGGGAGGUUGCGUCCACUUUGUCUCUCGAAGAAGUUCAUAAAACGAUGGAGAGAGUAUAUAAGCUUUAUAAAAGAGACCCCAACUUUCCUCUUUCUGUCAUCAAGAAGAUUGAAGUAUUCAUGAAUACCGACGAUCUUCUACAGCACCCAGAGCGCCACGAAGCUCUAAUCCAAGAAAUAAAGAUCGAGGCAGCACUCAUCACACACAAUUCACCAUAUGCUGAAGUCAGAGCAAUAGUCAGUAACCAUGAUGACCCAAGCAUGCCGUGUUCUACGAUCCGCGCUUGGUCCGUGGGCCUCAUCUUCUCAUGCGCCGUCUCCUUCAUCAAUAGCUUCUUCGAGAUUCGUCAACCAAUGAUCGGUGUCAACACUGUUGUUCCUCAACUCUUGGCCUAUCCGUUUGGGAAGUUUCUUGAGAAGACUCUUCCUGAUGUUGGUGUCACUGUGUUUGGUGUUCGGCACAGUCUUAAUCCUGGGCCGUUUAAUAAGAAAGAACAUAUGUUGAUCACUAUCAUGUCGAGUAUAUCGAUGGGGACACCGUAUACGAACUACAUUGUUUGGAUACAGUAUCUCCCAUUCUACUUUAACCAGCCUUACGCAAUAAGCAUCGGGUAUCAACUCCUGCUGGGACUUUCGUCCAAGUUUAUCGGUUACGGUCUCGCUGGUAUCUGCAGACGCUUCCUUGUAUAUCCAUCAUAUUGUCUAUGGCCAACAACAUUAGUGUGCAUCGCUUUAAAUACGGCAUUGCACGACGAAGCCGAUAUGCCCGUUCCUGGCCCCUUCAAGAAGAUUUGGAAUACAUCCCGCUUCAAAUUCUUCAGCGUUGCAUUCGGAGCAAUGUUUGCCUACUUUUGGCUUCCAAAUUAUCUAUUUGCCGGCCUGACUUGGUUCAGUUGGAUGACUUGGAUAUCUCCGAAUAACCGAGAUCUAGCAACUAUAACUGGAGGACACACAGGUCUGGGUCUUAAUCCCUUCCCGACAUUUGACUGGAAUAUCGUCACGAUGGGCUGUGACCCUCUCAUGGUACCAUUCUUUACCACCUUCAACCUGUUCUGCGGUACAAUGCUGUCCUUUUUUGUCAUUCUAGGUGUUUAUUACGGAAACGGCUACUACACAUCUUAUCUCCCAGUCAACUCAAACCGUGCAUUCGAUCACUUUGGUGGGCUAUACAACGUCUCAGCUAUUCUAGAUGAGCGUAGGAUAUUCGAUCCUGAGAAGUACGAGGCAUACUCACCUGCGUUCCUCACAGCGGCUCAUCUAGGAUCAUACAUGAUGUUUUUCGCCAUGUAUACGGCUGCUCUCACAUACGGUGCGCUUUAUCACCAUCAUCAAAUAGCCUUAGGUUUCAAGAGCCUCGUCAACAGCUUUCGACCUUCCAAGAAGGAAGACGCAGAAGAUGGACAAGUGUCAGAUGCGCACAAUCGUCUUAUGAAGUCAUAUAUCGAAGUCCCUGAAUGGUGGUACUUGGUAUGUCUUGUGUUGGCCUUCAUCAUUGGAAUUGUCGGUAUUUCUCAGUGGCCUACACACACUACCCCAGCAGUUGUACCCUUUGGCAUCAUUCUGAGUCUCAUCUUUGUUGUGCCAAUUGGUAUCAUAUCAGCUACCACAGGCAUUGCUGUCCCGCUCAACGUGAUAGCUGAGUUUCUUGGUGGUUCCUUUGCCGAAGGAAACGCCAUUGCAUUGUGCUUCUUCAAGACAUUUGGAUAUACAACUUGCGCCCAAGCCAUAUACUUCAGCGCAGACUUGAAGUUGGCACACUACAUGAAGAUACCUCCCCGCUUCACGUUCUGGGCGCAGAUGGUACCAACGCUUGUUUCCACGUUCGUCUCUGUUGGUGUACUUCAGUAUCAGACUCACUUGGAGGGAGUGUGUACGCCGAAUGCACCUUAUCGCUUCACAUGUCCUGGUCUGAACAAUUUCUUCACAGCUGCUGUGCUUUGGGGGACUAUCGGGCCUAAGAAGCUCUUUGGACCUGGAGGUCAGUAUGUCGAGACCCUGGUAGGCUUUCCCUUCGGUGUCGCUUUAGUGUUGCUCUUUUGGUGGCUUGGGAGGCAAUACCCAAAUAGCAAGAUUAUUCGAAGCACUCACCCUGUUGUUUUCCUCGGAGGUGGUAUGGUUUGGGCGCCGUAUAAUAUCAGCUACAUCUGGCCAGCUGUGCCGAUUGGCUGGUUCUCUUGGAUGUAUAUCAAGAAGCGUCAUCUCGCUUUCUGGGCAAAGGCAGCUUUCUCGGUUGGCGUUGCUCUAUCGGCGCUGGUCAUAUUCUUUGCUUUACAAUACAACGAUAUCAAUCUAGACUGGUGGGGAAAUAGAGUCCCGUUCGAGGGAUGCGAUGGAACUCAGUCGUGUCUUCUUAAGACAGUUACUGCUGGAGAGUAUUUUGGACCUCGGCUAGGGGGCUUCCACUGA